ACCUUCCCAAAGACUUAUCUUGUGGACCUUGCCAAUCAAAUCCUGUGGAGGUAUGGUAUUAGUCCUUGAGGAUUUCAGCCCGAGGACACCUUUAGCCCGAGGACUCUAUGACCAAUAUGCGAUGAGCAGGCACAUGUGAGUCCUUGGGAAGAACACCUCGAGGAUAUGCAAAAAGUGACCACAUCAGGAUUGAAGCUGUUAUUGCUAUUUGAAACGACCCAAUAGCAUGUGUCUAUAAAAGUUUAGUCCAAACAGGAUGGGCUCACACUCGAAUCCGAGCCUAAUUAUGGGCUGCAUAAAGUAGAUUGGAGCUUUAGCUAUAGCUUUGAUCAAAAGUGGUUGGUUUCCAUACACCAGAUCCCAGUCCAAGGAAGAGUGAUGGAAUGAAGAUGGUGAGAUGAAUCGAUGAUGAUCCAGAACUUUCCUGCAAUUCAUUUACGGCUGCAUACCCUAUACUAUGCAACAAAAGCAUUCAACUACAUUUUUUCGCGUGCUCUAACGAACGCCAAGAUCCAAUUGAGUUUCCCAGAACACAGUUCCGCCACUUUUAGCAAUUCAAUAACUGUAAAUUCAGACUGUAUAACUCAAUUGCUGGAAUAUGGGUCUCUACAGAAUCCAUACACUAUAAAUGAAAUAGUAUCCUGGUGCGCUCAAAAGGGUUCCUUAUUUUCUGGCAUUCAGCUUCAUUGUCACAUUCUCAAGACGGGUUUUGCUAACAAUGUUUAUAUAAGCACUUCCUUGAUUUAUAUGUAUGGAAAAUACGGUGAAAAUGUAUUGGCUCAUAAUCUGUUUGUUGAAAUGCCUAAAAAAAAUGCUGUCACUUGGAAUUCUUUGAUUUCUGGUUAUGUGAACUCCCACUAUCCUGGAACUGCUAUUGAAUUAUUCAUCAAGAUGCUAAGCGAGGGCAUUUCUGUCACGCCCUUCACUGUUUCGUCUGUUUUGAUAGGAUGUUCACAGUUAGAAGACGCUAUGCUCGGGGUUCAAGUGCAUGGCUUGAGUCUUAAAGCUGGGUUCGGGUUUCAUGCUGUUGCAGGGAGUAGUUUGAUUGAUAUGUAUGCGCACUGUGGGAAAAUCGAGGAUUCAAGAAAAGUUUUUGAUCGAGUAAUAGUAAAAAAUGUAGUUACAUGGAAUUCGAUGAUUAAUGGGUAUGCCCAGAAACAAUGCUCCAUCAAAGCAAUGAUUUUGUUCAGAGAAAUGCUUCGGUCUGCUGUCGAGCCGAAUUAUGUUACAUAUAAUAGUUUGUUGAGCUCAUUUUGCUGCCAGGAUGAUUUAGAUCAUUGCAAGCAGAUUCAUUGUUGUGUAAGUCGGGAGGGUUUAGAAUCUAACAUUUAUUUGGCGACUACAUUAAUGACUGUAUACUCAAAUUCAGGCUGUUGCUUAACAGAUUUCUAUAAUAUCUGCUGCAAUGUUACAGUAUGGGACCAAAUUGCAUGGAAUGCUGUAAUUGCUGGAUUUUCUAAUUUGGGGAUUGGCAAGGAAGCCCUACUAAGCUUUUCGAGAAUGAGGCAGGAAGGCAUUACUGUCGACUUUUUUACAUUCACAAGCCUGAUAAAAGCAUUGGGAAGCAGUUCAUCCCUAGAAGAGGGAAAACAGAUCCAUGCUCUUGUUCUCAAAACAGGUUUUACUUUAAAUAAUUACGUACAGAAUGGGCUCGUUUCCAUGUAUGGAAAAUGUGGUAAGAUUGAUGAUGCAGAGAAGGCAUUCUCUUCGAUGGAUGACCACGAUGUGAUUUCAUGGAAUUCUAUAAUUACAAGCUGCGCUCAGCAUGGUUAUGGAAGCCAAGCUGUACAAAUGUUCGAACAAAUGAGGAGACGUGAGAUUAAACCCAAUCUGACCACUUUCCUUGCAGUCCUCACUGCAUGCAGCCAUGUUGGAUUGCUUGAGAAAGGCUUAGAGUAUUUUGAUCUGAUGAAGAAAAGUAACGAUUUCCUUCCACCACCCAAGUUAGAGCAUUAUGCUUGUGUCGUGGAUCUCUAUGGACGAGCUGGUUAUAUCAAAGAAGCAGAGGCUUUCAUCAAUAGCAUGCCAAUUGAAGCAGGGCCAUCAGUAUAUAAAGCUUUGCUAAGUGCUUGUCAAGUUCAUGGUAAUAAGAAAAUCGCUGUACGUUGUGCAAGAAAGCUCGUGGAACUUUGCCCUAAUGAUCCAGCUAUAUAUGUAUUACUGGCAAAUGUUCUGGCGACUGAAGGAAGUUGGAAUGAUGCAGCAAGCGUGCGAAAACUAAUGUGUAACAAAGGGGUGAGAAAAGAGCCAGGCUACAGCUGGGCAUGACAUGAGUAAGUGCUCAUCUUUUGAUGUUAGACAGGUUAGAUGCCGAUCCCUCUACAAGUAUUUUAAACAAAUAGGCUACCACCAAAUUGCCAGACUAAACCGUAAUGACUGAAUUUUCAUUCAGUGUCCAUUGGAAUUAGUAAGAAACAAACUGUGACAGCCCCUUUGGAUCUACCUUUUUCUUGUUCAGUUUUUCAUUCUUAUUCUCUUGAAGAUUUUAUUUUUUACCGCGAAGUAUGGAAGUUUUCAUUCCAAAGAUUUUUGAAAUCUUAGGAUCCAAGGGAGUUGUACACUUUCUAUUAUUUUGCUUUAGCACUAAUAUUGAGAAGAAAGUGAGUUCCUACUCUCUUCUGCAUAACUGUAUGUAAUAGGCAGCUUAUUCGUAGAGCGACUGCGGGAGUUUGAAGUGCCAGCCAUUGAAAGAAUGGGAUCGGGAGCAAUUUAGGGUGUCCAACCAAGGAAAAUGCUUUUUAUACAUCAUUAUAUACGGAUUCUUUUACAGAUUAAUUAGGUGGUAAAAAGAAAGUGGGAGGAUUUUAUUUUUUCAGUUGGUUGAUGAAAUUUUUAUGUGAUGAUGAAAGCCAAACAAGCACAAGAUUGGCUCAACUUAAUAUGUUUUGGCACGUCAUAUUCAUUUGAAAAUUACAUCUUUAUUGGCAUCAGGAAAGAAUUUGGAUAAGUAUUGCCAAACUAUCUAUAUCAUGAUUAAAAGUUAAAACUCCAUAAUGCCGAAGAUUACCAACUAUGGAAUAAUCAAAUAAGAUG